AUGGCUACCAAGUGCAAGGCGCGCGAUGGUAAUGCUCAAAAUCGUGAAAGUCAGCGGCGGUCAAGGGCCCGACGCAGAGAGCUCAUCGACACCUUGUCGAAGCAAGUAGAGGAAUUCAGGCGCCAGGGUGUCAAGGCAUCUCUGGAGAUGCAAACCGCUUCCAGAGCCGUUUCGGCCGAGAACCAGCGUCUGCGCGCUUUGCUCGCCUUGCAUGGCGUGUCCGAGGCCAAGAUUGAUGCCCACCUGUCGUCGCCAUCGCCGUCGACGUUGCCAUCGUCUGCACCUUUGACUGAUGGGGUGCCAAAGACUGGCGCGAAACCGGGCAAGCAUACACAAGGCAAGCCUGCAAGGGGCACCGCCCAACGCCAUUCUUGUGCAUCGACGCGAGGGCGAAGAACGGCGGAUAAAAGUUCCUUUUCUCAGAAGCCUUUAGCUUUCGCCAGCAAUCGCUUGACCCUCACCGUUGCUGCCGGGCAACCAUCGUCUGAGCCAGUAUCGGAUACUGAACUUCUGACGGCCAUGACAUCGCCCACCGCCACGAGGCACAUCUACGGCGUGGAAGUAUGUUUCCGCCAAGGCGAUGAGCACGAGCACGGCCAUCCUGGCCUCGACCUGACGAGAAUUCUCGACGCUCAGGCAGGCAGCGACAUGCUUCCGCCCCUAUCAGAUUCCUUUUAUUCGUCAGAGUCAUCAGUGACGGAUUCUGGCUGCAACAAGGCGCUGGAAAUGUCUUGCGAGACGGCGGCAGCAAUCCUCGUCGACCUUUACGGCCACCCGGAUCCCGCCCGCGCCCGGGUCGCUCUCGGUUGCGCAGGAACCGGUAGCUGCCAUGUCAAGAACACGGCGAUAUUCAAGCUCAUGGAAGACCUCGGCCAAUCGUGA